AUGGCAGCAGAGAAGACGGAUGAAAGAAAAUAUCAUCAUCUUUUUCACCAAGCUUUACUCAUUCCCCUCUCUACUAUUCCCUCUUCCUGUCACUAUUUUUCUCCCUAUUGCCCACUCCGACUUCCUCCGUUACAUGUACUUUUUUUGUCUUUCAAUUCCUUUUUUUUUUGUUUUUUGCUCUUUCUUACAACUGUUUCUUUUCUUUCUUCUAACUACUUCCUCUCUCUUUAUCUCCCUCUCUCGCCCUAUUCAUUACUUUUUUCCCUUUUUCUCUUUAUUUCAGGUCCCAUUGCAUAUCUUUCUUUAAGUACCUUUUCUUUUAAACUGUUUUUUAAAACUGUUUCGUUUCUCUCUCCCUAUUAUUUCUUCUAUCAUUUUCCCUCUCUCUUUCUAUCUCUCUAUCACUCCCUCUCUCUUUAUUCCCCCCCUCUCUCUAUUUUAGGCCCUCUUCAAACGUGCCGAUUUUUUCAGUCGUUUAAUUCUUUUUUUAAACUCUUUCUUACGACUAUUUCUUUCGUCUUUUUUUUUUAUGAAAGACGAUAUCAUGGAAUAUUCCUUUACUUUUGCUCAAUUGUUUCCUCUCUCUUUAUCCCUCUCUUUCUCUCUUUUUCUCAUUAUCUCCUCUUUCUCUGUUUCAGCACCCAGUUUUUAAGGCCCUUUUUAAGUCUUUUUAAACCUAUUUCUUCUCCUCUCUGUUUGGCACUCUCUCACCACUCUCUCUUUAUCUCACUAUCUCUCCCACUUCUUCUCUUUAUAUAUCUUUUUCUAGUAUUUCGGGCUAGACUAAACAAAAGCCAAACAAGCAAAAACAAUAAUCUAUCUAUCUAUCUAUCUAUCUAUCUAUCUAUCUAUCUAUCUAUCUAUCUAUCUAUCUAUCUAAAUAACUUCUCUAAACCAUUGAGUUACCACAGCUUCUUCCUUCUCUCCUCCAUCCCCGCGUGCGAUAACAUCCGGUCAAUUUACAAGUCCGGAUGCCAAUGA